AUGACUUGUUAUCAGGUGGUUGAUGCCCGAGGGGGACCCAGUCUGAAAACUACAGUGAAGUCCAAGAAGGUCAAAUCUCUGUCCAGACGAGUCGGACCAAACCAGCUCAGCAGAGUUCAGAAGGAACUGAAGAGACACAAUUCAGAUGCUCACAGCACCACCUCCAGUGCCAGCCCCGCCCAGUCGCCCAGCUACAGUAACCAAUCAGAUGAAGGCUCUGACUCGGAGUUGACUCCUGGCUCCGCCCGCUCUCCAGUCUUUUCCUUCUUGGACCUGACAUACUGGAAAAGGCAGCGGGUAUGUUGUGGCAUCAUCUACAAAGGUCGCUUUGGGGAGGUUUUGAUCGACCCUCAUCUCUACAAGCCCUGCUGUCAGAAAAAACAGGUGCAAGAGCAGGAGGAAGAAGAGGAAGAAGAGGAAGAUGGCGACCUUGAGAAAGAGGAGGUGCAGAGCAGUCAAGAAAUUCUUCAACCACACUCCUCUCCCCAAAUGAAAAUGGAGCAGGAAGUGGAAGAGGAAUGGUGAUGCAACAUUCCCAGGGUACUGACUUGGCGUUCUUAGGAAGCCUUCGAGAGUCGAAGCCCCUCAGACACUCUCAAAGACGUUCUCUCAGAUUGCCUUCGAUUCAAGAGCAGCUGGAUCCUUGUUUGUCUUUUCCUGUUUCUUUCUUCCUUGUUGAGAAUGUGUCUCUUUCAUUUGCAACUUUUCCAGAGCCUGGUACCACGCUAGUCUAUUUCCUACGAGGAUUUUUUUGUAGACCAGAGAAAAUUAGUUUCCUUUUUUGCUAUCCCGCUCAAACACAGAAUGCUGGAUCUACAUACAUCAUGCAUAGAAAUGUAGGGAAUAGCCUUGGACAGUGAGCACAAUCCUACGCUGUCGCUUUUGUGCCCUUUGAGCACCAUUGUGCACUUCCUCUGGGGUGACUGUCUUUCUGCACUUAGUGUACAGAAUUUAGUAUACAGCAAGCAGCAUCUGCUAAAUUCUAGCUCAGUGAAGAUAACGUUCCACCUUUUUGCUGGGAUAUAGCAAUUAUUUAGGGAAUAUCUUUUGCCUUUUAUAUAUUUAUUUUUUUCUGUCUUUGUCUUUAUUCUUAAAGGGAUAGUUCACCCA